AUGUCCGAGAAGAAAUCCCGCACCUCCGACACUCGUCCCAAGAGCAUGCGCAGCUGGAGCGCCGACAGCUACGUGUGGAGCCGCAAGAAGCGCUCGCGGGCCUCCCGGGAGAACGAGGGCCGGGUGUGUGGGGGUAGCGGCGGCGUUGGCGAGGACGGAGGCAUGGAGGGCUCGGAGGACCAGCAGGGGGCGCCAGGCGCUCACCCCCCGCCGCGCUCAGCCUCUUGCUCGCGCCGCCGUCGGGACCGGGACAGGAAGUGCAGCUGCUCGCUGCUUGCCGCCGACGCAGCCGUCGCCGCGGAGCUCAUGGAUGUGCCGUGCCGCAAGGCCCUGUCGCGGCGCUCACUGAGGCAGAAGUUCCAGGAUGCCAUGGGCCAGUGUCUGCCCCUAAGGACGCACCACCACCACCACCACUGCCACCACCACCAUCACCACCACCACGCUGCAGGAGCGAGGCCCCUCUCCGUGCUGUUGUGGUCCAAGAGGAAGAUCCACGUGUCGGAGCUCAUGGAGGACAAGUGCCCCUUCUCCCCAAAGUCCGAGCUGGCACAGUGUUGGCACCUCAUCAAGAAGCACGGCGCCCACGGAACACCCAUGAUUGGCGUAGGGGUGGCCGGCGCUGCCACCGCUACCGAUGACCACAACAAGGCCUCCUAUGGCCCCCCCUCAUCACCCCCCGCGCUGAUCUCCUGGGAGGAGGUGUCUUCGGGGGGGUCGAGGGGUGGGUGCUGCCCGUCCCAGCGCACCCACAGCCUGGACGAUUGGGACCCGUCCUGUCGUCAUGGCAGCAGCAACAGCGGCGGCACCACCGACACCGGCAGCAGUGGCCUUGGCCUUGGCCUUGGCCUGGACGAUGACCUCGACCUCGAGGACUGUUGUCCGGGUGACACGGACUACAUCCUGGUCCCGGACCUGCUGGCCAUCAACAACAGCGCGUGCUACUGGGGCGUACUCGACCGCUUCCAGGCGGAGGCGCUGCUGGAGGGCCAGCCCGAGGGGACCUUCCUGCUGCGCGACUCCGCCCAGGACGAGUUCCUGUUCUCCGUCAGCUUCCGCCGCUACAGCCGCUCGCUGCACGCGCGCAUCGAGCAGAACGGCAAGCGCUUCAGCUUCGACGGCCGCGACCCCUGCAUGUACCAGGACGCCAGCGUCACGGGCCUGCUGCGCCACUACGCCGACCCGGCCGCCUGCCUCUUCUUCGAGCCGCUGCUGUCGCGCCCGCUGCCGCGCACCUUCCCCUUCUCCCUGCAGCACCUGUGCCGCGCCGUGGUGUGCAGCUGCACCACCUACCAGGGCGUCGAGGCGCUGCCUUUACCCUGGGCACUGAGGGACUACCUGCGGCAAUACCACUUCAAGUGCAACGACGACGGGGCCUGCUCUGUCUGAAAGGAGGACAGCACUCUGUUAGUGGCAGCCCCUUAAGGCACGCCAUUGCACCAGUGGAACGUUGUAAUGGUCAC